UAAGCACGUGGUCGGUGGAGGAUCUGCGGCUGAAGCUCGCCUCUCUGGACCCUCAGAUGGAGCAGGAGAUCGAGGAGAUCCGCCAGCGCUACCAGUCCAAGAGGCAGCCCAUCCUCGACGCCAUCGAGGCCAAAAAACGAAGGCAGCCGAACUUCUGAGAAGUUCUGAAGGAUUUCUCUCACGUUUCCCGCAGCAGU